ACGUCACCGCCUGCCUGGAAUAAAGGUUCUGCAGUAAAAAUUAUCUGCACCGGCGCGCGCCAGUGCAUGCUCCAGCAAGCCCCCCAAAUACUGCAUUACACAGGACGAGAUUUACUCCAGCAGUGCAGCGCUUUUUCUAUCAUUUUCUACCGUUUAUUCUUUUCUAGAGACCGCUUUUUGUGUUUUUUUUUAUCUUGUCGGCUGCUUAGCUUAGACGCGAAUAUCUUUUUUUCAUCUUUUCUAACACCUCUGACGUGAUUUUUUUUACGUUCUGUCGCUUAACCUGCAGAAAGCAAAAAUCAUAAUAAUUUAUUCCUGAAGAACACAACUCUACCAACCUAAAACAAAAUGUCUGCUCCUGCCCCUGCAGCUGCCCCCGGACCCCCCGGACCCCCUGGAGCCCCUGGGGCCCCUGGAGCCCCUGAGCCCCCCCCCAACACAUCCAGCAACAGGAGGCUACAGCAGACACAGGCGCAGGUGGAGGAGGUAGUGGACAUCAUGCGGGUGAACGUGGACAAGGUCCUGGAGCGGGACCAGAAGCUGUCCGAGCUGGAUGACCGUGCGGACGCGCUGCAGGCCGGAGCCUCGCAGUUCGAGAGCAGUGCCGCCAAACUCAAGAACAAGUACUGGUGGAAAAACUGCAAGAUGAUGAUCAUGAUGGGAGUCAUUGGUGCAAUCAUUGUAGGCAUAAUAAUAAUUUAUUUCUUCACUUGAAACUUCUGUGAGAGCGAGCGAUAGAGAGCGGGACAGACAGACAGAUAGACAGACAGACACAGAAAGACAGAAAUCUUUCUUAGUAUCACAUGGAGCCUGCAAACGUUUUGUAACCAACUCAGAAAAAAAAGCUCUGAUGCAAUUUUCCUUCUGUUGAAAUGAUCAUCUCUUCCUUUUGUACCGUGUGUUAGAUGUUCAGAUCGCAUGCAUGAUCUUAGACUUUGCUGCAAAUAUAGAUGUAUAUUUCUAAACAUGAAUACGUCCCCUGAGGCUAGUACAGGGACAGAUGAGUACAUGCACAAUGAACGGGGGGGGGGGGCAUUAGUUGCCCCCCCCCCCCCCCGCUACUCAGACCGCUUGCUUGUUUCCUCUCACUAAAUAUCUCGGUAUCCCUGAAUAGCUGCAAAAUAUUUAAUGAUCGAGUAAUGCACCCCCCCCCCCCAGUCUCUGUGCUAAUCCAUCUGUCCCAGUUCAUAGUGGUUUGUAGAUAUAUCUUUUUUUUCACACUGGGUUUCUUCCAUUGAGAGGCACUGACCAGGCUGACCCUGCUGCUGCUGCUGCUGCUGUUGAGCUCAUCUACCUGAGUCUGAGACCACAAACUGCAGUGCAUUGAGAUAGCUGCCCUGCAGUGCAAUACAGUCUAGUGAGCUAAUAGCACAGCACUACACUGGAACUGCAGUUUAAUAUCACUGGACUAGACUAGACUGGAAUUACAGUGGAACUGCAGUUUGAGAUCACUAGACUAGACUGGACUGGAAUUGCAUUGUAACUGCAGGUUGAGAUCACUAGACUAGACUGGACUGGAAUUGCAUUGUAACUGCAGGUUGAGAUCACUAGACUAGACUGGACUGGAAUUACAUUGUAACUGCAGUUUGAAAUCACUAGACUAGACUGCACUAGAAUUACAUUGUAACUGCAGUUUAAGAUCACUAGACUAGACUAGAAUUACAUUGUAACUGCAGUUUGAGAUCACUAGACUUGUCUCCCUAGAAUGAUUUUCUUGCCCCUCUGUUUUACCCCACUACCCAUAUCCCUUUCUUUCUUUCCCCCAAAACUGUUCCCUCCCAAAGCAGAGAGAGUGCACCCAGAUACGCUAGAGGAAGUGAGUGAAGCAGAGGGGUUAGGGCUGAUUCAGACACUGUAGGGCUAAAGGAAUCCUUGCGCUCAGAAUGCGGUCCCUGUGGGUAAUGCCAGCACUGGUCAGGGUUAUGUUCAGACUGGUCUGAACUGGUCAUGCUGGUUCGGUAGGCUGUGGUGUCAAUUGCUGCAGCUUUAAAUACCAGUUGUAAACCAGUAUGCACAUGCUCCAGUUCCCAAAUCUUACCGGUCACCUUUGCUGGGCCUGUUUUGUACCAAAUCAAUACAGAUCGGUUUGGUUGGAAAUAGCACUGAAGCAAAACGAACCCGAAUCGGUUGACAGGCCCACCCAUAACUAUGAAACGGACGAUACCCAAUCAAUUCAACGACAAACGUACCGAUCAAUAGUCUGUUUCAGUGCCUAGAAACGUAACCAAGUCAACAACAAACGUUUCAACAGCUCCAACGUUUUCCAAGACAACUUUGGAAACACUUUGUUGUCUGGUUAUUAAAUUUCACGACAUUGGAAAAUACUUUUAAUUGAAGCGUUUGUCUUGGAAUUCGUUAAGCUUCUUUUAGCGUGUCUAAGUUGGUCCAGCUAAGCUAACAGAGGUCUGAGGCAGCCUGACACUAUCCCGAUCCCAAGCUCACAAGCCCUGCGGUGUGGCCCUGUGCUGUGCUCCUGCCAGUCUCAAGUCUGUUAUUUUUUUUUGUCUGCACGUCAGCUGUGCCCAGUGGGAACAAACUAGUCACCACGGCCACAUCCCUUGUGAUGUCAUCACCUGCCAUGUCUUUUUCAACAGAAAAGAGACGUUUUGAUUAAUCUUUUUCUAGGUUUAAAAAAAAUGUGUACUUUAUUUAUGUAGGUAUUUAUUUAUUUAUUUAUUUAUUUAUUUAUUUUUGUUAGUUGUAUAAGUAUGCCUCUGAUGAUUAUUAAUAUUAUUAUUUGUAGUAGUAGUUGUGAAUUUUCCUCAGUUUUCACUAGAUGGCAGCAUUGAGUUCUAUUCAAAUCUUUGUUUUAGAAACCAAAUAACAUUAAAAACAGCAACGAAAAGAAUAAAUUAAAAGAAAAUGUAGUUACAGGGGAAAAAAUCAUAAUAAUUAGUUGAGUCUUUCAGUAUCAAAUGAAAUCUCAUAGAAGUGAAUUUUACCUUCUGCACAGCAUGGCGCUCCAAUCAUAAUCCCGCGUACUCGCAGGAGGCGGGCUGUCGGGUUAGCGCUCAUGAUAGACAGGAAGGGACAGCAAGCUCAAGCAGAGAGGAAGCCUGCGGGCAACUAAAAAUAUAGGGUAAACAAACUGGCAAGGCAACAAUGCCUUCGUUGUUUUUGAUGAAGGAGAAGGUAGGAAACUAGCAGACGCCAAGAAGAAAUUGUAGUUUCAAUUGUGAUCAAUUUUUAAUAGUAAUCCAAGAAAUUGCAAAUAAAUCUAACAGUGUAAUGAUUACAGUGAUGCAACACUAUCCAACGCAGCAUCCGGAGUGAAGCUCAGCUUCAUGGCAUUGUGGGAUUCUUGAGGAUAUGUUCUUGAUGUUUUUUGGAAUAAAACGAUUGUUUUACGAUUGUGUUGAGAAGGACAUGGCAGAGUCCGCCGCAUCGCGGGGAGGGGCGAGGCGACUAACGCGCUUGUUCCUGCCCUCCCUCGCUACGAGCUGUUGCAAAGUUGGAAACUGAAAAUGACCAACAGAACUAAUUAACAGAUGCCUGUGUCGUGUGUGUGUGUGUGUUUCAGAAAACGAUGUCUGUUUUUGUGUAUUUGUGUAUCAUUGACGAGUGUCGUUUUGUUUUCCUUAAACAAACGUCUCGGUACAUUGCAGGAUCUGCGGCAUUGCUUCAGAGAGCUGUCAAAUAACAUCAGCGCGCAACAGAGCCUUAAAAAACCUGUCCUUCUUCAACCUGGCAGCACCAUCACUGCCCCUUUAAAGGCGUGCUUACCAUCGUUCAAAUCCACUCGCUCGCCUCUUCGAGUCUUAUUACUAGUAACAUUAUCACUGAGCCUCCUCUGCAUUGCCCUGUGCACAGCACAGUACAGCAAGGCUCAGCCCAGCACACAGCAGGCCAUGCCAGAGACGCUAGAUGAUAAUAUACCAAUCAGAAAGUUGUUUUUUCAGCGAUAAAGACUUCGUUUGUUUAAAUCUUUAAAAAAACAAAACAAAAAACAAAAAAACCUGCAGUGUUCCGAGACGUUCAGCUGUCACUUCCAUCUUGUGUACAAAUCAUUUAAAAGAGUUCAAUAAUUAAUCUGUACAAAUAUGAAAAAAAAAUGCUAAUACUACAGUGUUAAACUAUAUGAAUAAUAAUGAUUAAAAUGCAAAGGUAAAAAUAAAACAUAACGCAUGUAUAUUUAAUGUACAACAGGAUAAAAUGAAAUAUUCAAUAAAGUAUUAUAAUGUAAAUCUG